UUUACCACGUGGGUGUGAUGGUCGAAACUCUGUAGAGAAAUAACUUAGAAGUUAGAACGGGCUGAUAUUUAGAGGGUAAUGUCUGAACAAGAGGAAUUCACAGAGCACGAUGAUGCCAGAGCUAGAAUACAUCAAGUGUCUCAUAUUCAACCAGAGAAUCCAGAUAUACAUGAAAUUUCAUCUAGUGCUACUGAAUUAUAUACAGUUCCUUGUACCAAUCUCAAUGAAGGGAGAACUAGUGCCAAGCGUAUGAUGGUUGAAAGGGAUUCUCCUCCGUUAGAAAAAAAGAAAAAAACUGUUGGCUCUGAGGAUGAGGCAUUUGAACAUUUUGGUGAUCAAUUAUCAAGUGGUCCAGGCAAUGUGAUCAAUCUACCCGAUGAUCAACUAUUUGGUCCAGAGGCACAUCAGUCGAAUAUCCAUCCAGGAUUUAUGUCUCAAACUCAGAGAAAACGAAAGCUGUCGGAGGACGACAGCAUUUUUCCCCACUUAGAGCACACUACUGUUACCAGAUCUGCUUUGAAGAAACACGAGAGACGGAUGACUGGUGCAGAAGUACGUGAACAUUUAGGUGAUGAUAAUGAAAGUGAAUCUGAGGGCAGUGAGGCUGAUAGUGACAUAGGAGCAAGUGAUCCUAAGCAAAAGAGUUUAGUACCAUAUGGAGUUGAUGAAUCUAGCAGGAAAGCAAAAAAGAGGAAGCAGAAAGGAAAGAAAAUCAAUAAACCAUCUCCUUGGAAAGAUCCUCCACAAGGUCUAAAAGGCAAGGAUCAUGAAAUGACAACCAUUAUAUUUCACGCACUUCUACCAACUGCUUUAUGGGAAUUUGAUGCUUCAUCUUCAGUCUACUUAAGGUUUGGAAGCCCUCACCUUGGUGAAUGGCAAUGUGAUGUUGGACCUAUGCAGAAAAUAUCCAGUUCUACAGAUGAAAUAGUUAAAUUUAGACUUGAAGUCAAAAUGAAGUCUCUUGUUCUAUCGAGUGGUGGUGUACCAUACAAAUAUUGUGUCUACACUCCCAAGACUUUGCAUGGUUCUAAAGAUGCUCAAUAUGAAUAUAUAUAUAAUAUACCAGGGGCUAUUGCUAAUAGGUAUCUGACUACUCGUGAACGAAAUAAACCUAACCAUCAGUAUGAUACUCUAAUAUAUCCUCCAUCACUUACUGAGUCAUCACAAGAAAAGAAAGGGUUCUUUACAACUAUCAUCAACUCGAUUUCUACAAUUUUUUUGUCUGGCAAGUCUGAAGCUAGUGGUGCUGAUACAGGUGUUAGGUUGCCAUCAUUGGAUGAGAUUGGAGUGGUGUGUUUUAAACUUUACUUAUCUGAUCAUCUUGAUAGACUCAAGUCAGGUUCUAUUAGUAAUCCACUGGUUAUUGCUCAUGAUAUAGCAAGCGUUUAUAACUGCCUUUCCUUUCAACGUAUUUAUACUGGAACUAGGUUUCCGCAAUGUUUAAAUUUAACUGUUGGUUUGGGAGAUUUGCUUAUUGACUUUAUGAAAAGUAUGGCUCCUGUUGGUUCUGAAGAAGGCACUAGUAGUUUAAGCAGACAAAUGACAGUGGCCAUGAUUGUUGUAGUCUCCUUAGAUGAUUUGAUGCUCUUUAAUUUGUCAAAUGAUGUCGUCAUUGCUUUAUUGCAGUAUUUCAAAAUUGUGCCUGAUUUGGAGCUAAAGGAAUGUAAAGGACUAGAAGCAUUUCUAGAGUAUUUUUCGCAAAAUGAAGAGUUGAAGUUAAAGUUUCUUAGAGGAUUGAAGCAUUGCAUUCCUGCUUUUAAAUCACAUCAUGAUCAUUUGGAUUUACUCUUCAGUCUUGUUGCACUUUACCAUUUUAUUGAUGGACACUGUAUACCUUUUGGAAGCCCUCAAAAGAACCCAAGGCUUAUAACAUGGCCUGCUCAAUCUGCAGGAUCUCAGAACAGUUUAUUCAAGGAUAUUACCACUAUUGUCAAACAAUCAAAUACAAAUUUUAAGAAAUUCUAUGUUGAUCUGGAAGCACUUUUCAUUAUUGACCCUCUCCUUCUCCCUUCAUUCAUAUUCAUGAUCCCUGUCCCUUUGUACAAGUCAAUGUUUGACACUCUACCACUGUUCUAUUGUAUAGCAAGACUAGGACAUCUGUGUGAUUCACCAAAAGGAACGGAUCUUAAAGAUUUGCAAUCUUGUUUAACUACAAUUCAUUCUAGAAUUGAUGAACCUGAUGACAAGAGACCAGAGGAAGAGACAAAGCAAUUGUUGGAUGCUGCUGUUUAUGUUACUGAAGUUCUGAGCUUGAGACAAAAGUUAAAUAAACUCACAGAGCCUCAUGUCUCAGUAUUUACUUCACUGCUGUCUCUUGUUCUGAAAACACUAUCAAACCACAUGGAUACAUCAUCAGAUGAUGCAUCAAGCUUAUUAUCUAAAACAUUUGAGAAACAAAAUGAGAUUAUUAAAGCCUGGAUCAAGGGAACUAUUGGUGGUAGUAUGUUUGGAAAUGAAAUUAAUACCUCUUUUAUGGGCAACAGUAGUCUUAAAAAACCAAAGGAAGAACUUGAUGUAUGGAACCAUAUCUUUUCUGUUCCUUGUCCUUGUAAAAUAAAAGAAAAAUGGGAACCUGUCAUAAUAUCAAUCAUGAGGUCAAGAUUAUCUAAAGUUCCUCUUUUAUGUAAACCAGAUGUCCUUCAUCUGGCUGAGACUAAGAAAGUUUGUGAUACAAUAUUGAGCUUGGUACUGGAAAAUGUCACCUCUAGUAUGGAUGAGCUAAUUUACUCAGAAGAUGAACAUUCUUCAGAGUGUUUGAGGAAGCUAAUGAUGUCAGAGAAUGCUGAACAUCUCUUUGACAACACCUUGACAAGACGCUAUUCUAAAAAGGAUUUUUCUAUUGAUGAUGUUUUAGGUUGGGAAGCCUGGCCCUUCUUUUUCAAGAUAUUUGUGAAACAGCAACGUGCUUUACUAGCAAAUGAUCGUGGACUGUCAGGCAGAGAUCUAGAGAUAUGUAAUGUGGCAGUGGAAAUAUUUUCUAGUGUUUGCUUGAGUGUUAUUGAUGGAACUGUGGCUGUUAAUGUCCUCUGCAAGCUCCAGAGAAAAAAACCUGAAUUAAUGAAGUUAUGUGAUGCAGUCAAGCCUCUUUCUAAUUUUUCAGUUGAUGAUGUCAUUGUUAAGUUAAAUGGACAUUUGCAUCAGUGGGAAUGUUUUAAGGAGUUGAAGGCACAAUUAUCUACAGUUUAUCAGCAACUCAGUGCCACUGAACUUGUAAUCCCAGAUCUAUCGAUUCUUGAUAAAGACUUGACUAUGGAUGUAUCAAUGUCACCAAUAUCCUCACUUUGUCAUUUGGAAGGCAAUACAAUAGUUUAUAAUCACUUUCAAUGUGCUGCUUCACUCUUUCAUAUCCUGCCACACUUUACACUUUUAGUGAAAAGUCAUCCGACCAAAACAUUUGGAAAGUUCUGGCAGUCUCGAGUAGCUGAACUUAAAGAAAAAGGAGCACUAAAAUUUCAGGAUGUUACUGAUAAUAUUUGGAAGGUUGUAUUUGAUAAAACCUCUCAGUAUCUUGAUAGCCUGAAGGAUAGAUCUAUACCACUAGUUUUAGUUGAUCAACUCCUUACUGAUCAUUCAGCUAACAGGAAUAGAUUAGAAACAGAGUUUAAGGCAUUGGAAGAAGGAAUCAGUAAAUGUAAGGGACUGACCAGUAACUCAUCUUGGAUUGAAAAUUGCAUUCAAAGAAUAUUGGAAUACUUUUCACUUCUUAAGCAAGCUGCUGCUGCUAAGAUAUUUCUUAAGUUAAGGACAGUCCUUUCUUUAAAAGGGGACUUUAAAGUUGUGGAAGAAUUAGCUGAUAAUUUCAAAGCAUCAAUACAUGGUCAAACUCUUCAGUACAUUGAUGAUAAUUUAGCUAAGACCGGAGAGUUCUUGCAUGGCAUCAGUUCUGAUCUAAGGAAGUUGGAGUGUUUGAGGGCAUUCACUGAGUGUCAAAAGCUAGUGCAAUGGAUCAAAGUAGAAACCACUGAUGUGCAUGAUCUGCAACAUUUUGUUACUAUUGCUCUUGCUACUGCUGCUGGUGGAGAGGAUGAUCUAACUCGUGAUAAACUCUCUAAUCUUCGUACAGUUGGCAGUGGAUUUGCAAAGCUUAUAUAUCGGUUGCCAUUAACGACUGGUUGUAUGGAACUGGUGGGACGCUGUAAGUCAUUGUGGGACUCUUUGUCACAUGAUCCUUCUCUGCCUGAAAAGCUUAUUGAAUGCAGCAAACAGAUUGAGUGGUACAAGUCAGUGAAGGAAACACAAGGCUCUGUUGAGAAGUCAUCAUUUGGUCAAAUGUACAAUAUAAAGAGAUAUGGUUAUUAUACUGUUGGUUCAUCAUCUGAAGCGACUUACUCUAAAGCAUCAGAAGUGAUCAAGAUGGAUCUAAAGCAAGAGCACAAGUCACUAGCAAGAUACAAGUACACUAUGGAUGAACUGAGGGAUUUGGAGAGUAAACUUGUACUGAUAACAGGAAGGAAAUCUGAGGAAAAAAAUGAUGUGGAUCAUUUUCUCAAAGUAUUUAACAGUGUUUGUCAUAUAGCUGAGGUAUUAAUUCAGUUACAACAGUAUGGACACAGCAAAUACUUGAGAUGGGUCUUAAAGCUUCCAUGUAAUGAGACAGACCUUGUUGACAAACUAAUGAACGUCCUUAAAGGAAUGAUCAAUGAUCUUGAUGAAUGGAAGAAGAAAGUAGGCAAGGCUCGUGAACACUUUUAUAGCUUAAACUAUUACACAACACAACAGCUUCUACUCCUAAGAAAAGAACUCUCUCUUUACGUUAAUCCUGACUAUAACAGUGACCUCAGACCUGAUGUGUUAAGCUUAUUACAGUGUCUGUCAAGAGACAUAACGCAGGAACAAGUGAUAUCUCAUAUUAGAGACACUGAUGGUCAGGAUGAAGAUAAGGAGAUGAUCCCUGCUAGCAAUCUUGUGCCACAACACAUGGAAGAAAUAUCCAGCAUAGAAGAAGACAAUGGAGUGACACCAAUUGCCACCAUCAGGCAGAGCCCUAUAUCUGCUCCUCAGCCUAAAUUAGGAGAGAAUGAUUUGACUAUCAAGCAGAGGAUGAUUCUUGAUAAUUUGAUAAUGUCAUAUGGAUUUCAUAAUAAACUCAUUUUGCUUGCUUUUGAGCGAUCAGCAGAGCCAGAGAUCGAGGAAGAGGUAGAGAAAUGGUGCAGUCAGCAUCAAGAUGAGUUUGAUUUCAUUGAUGAAGGAGAGAAUAAAGAAAGCUACUGGCCAUUAGAAGAAGAAUGGGACAAUCAAGAAGUACAUGUAGGUGAUAGUGAUGGUAGACCAAUAGAAGGAAGGGUUGCUGUUAAUGAAAACCAUCCCAUUGUGCAGCAGUUAUUAUUAGCUGGUUACUCACUGGAGCAGUCAUACACUGCAUUGGAUCAGAAUCCUAGCAGCACACAAGAAGCAAUGGAAUUCAUUGACCAGUUGGAAGAGACAAAUCAAAGAGGUGAAGUGGAGGAUGACUACUGGUAUUUUGAUGAAAGAUAUACUGGAGCAUUAGAUGGUCAUACUGGUGUGACUGAACUUCAAAUUGAAUCAAAUGUUUCAACAACUAAGCCUUACCUCUCGCUGAAGGAGUUAGCACAGUUACUGAAUCAUUUAAGCACCAAAUGCAUAGCUCCAAUUGUUUCUGAAAGAAAUUUUGGUGAAACUUUAAAGCAAGGAGAACCUAAUUUACUCAUAGUUCCUCCAGAUGAAGUUUUAAAGACCGUUCUUAUGCUUUACAUGAAGAAUGAGGAGCUUCCUUUACCAACAUACGAAGAGGUUCUUAUUUGUACUGAAAACACAACAGCUGAAGAAGUAACUUUGUUGUGGAGGAGAGCUGUGGAAGAUCCAAACCACUUGAGGAUAUUUUGUUUAGUUCAUGCACAGUUACUGUCUUAUCAAGUGUGUGAUACUGCUCUUAGAUCACUGACACAGUACUCUCAGGGAAGAACUGGUUACAAGUUAGUAAUUGUUUGUAGCAAUGAAGAUCAGGAGAAGUCUCAUAUUAUUGCAAAACUUCAAAUGUAUAAUCGAACUUGUUCCAAAGUUCUUUCUAAAGAUAAAUUUUCUCAGUACCUAAUGAACCACUUCACUAAAUGGCCUAAGAGUUGUUCUGAUGAUAUAUUAUUAGCCUCUGCUGUUGACCCCAAGAGUUCAUAUGUAAGAGUAGUGACGUCUUCUAGAGCUGGAAUGGGAAAGUCCUUGUACAUACAGCGAAUGAAGGAGGAGCUGUCUGCAAAGAAACCUUCAAAUAAUAUUAGUGAUGUUGUGAUACCAGUUCAUGGCCCUAAGGUCACCUUUGAUAGUGUAGUACAAUCACUGAAGCAACCAUUUGAACAGCAUGACAGCAAUCAGGCUAUUCUCUUUCAUCUUGAUGUAGCUCCUAACGUUUUAAGUCAAGUUGAUUCUGUCCUUUUUUCAUUAUUGAUUCUUCAAGCUCUUUCUGACAGUCAAGGUAGAAUUUGGAGAUGUCAUCCAUCUCAUCUUUAUGCUAUUGAAGCAACAGUGUUUAAGAAUGAUACUGUUAAGUCAACCCUAGCACUGUUUGACAUUCUUCCUUCCAUUGAAUGUAUAUCUCCAAGAAUUAUUUGGCACAUUUUGGAAAGAGGACUAAAGAUAAUCAAUGUUAAAAUGAUGGACAAGAAAGAAUUUUGUAGUGAACCAUUCCAGCGUGUAUAUCAGUACUUAACGAGACACAUGAAUUCUGUAGUAUUGGAUAAUUUUUCUUACGUACCAACAGUUGAAGGGAAUCAUCUUGACUGUCUAAAAGUGUUUCUGAAGUACUGUGGUGUGAAAAAUCCUUCUUGGUCUGAGUUGAAGCAUUUUAUUGAUUUUCUUAAUACUCAGUUGCAAUCAUGUGAGAAAUCAAUCUUCACUAACGAAGAUUUUGUAAGAGAUGUGAUGUCAGGACUUAAGACUUUUGUGGUGAAGUUUAUGAUCAGAAUGUCUAAGGAUUUUGCCACUUCAUCUCUGACAGGAGAAGUUGUUGCUGAGAAUGAGGAAACGAGAGAUGAUAAAUGGCAACUGAAAGACUAUCAGAUUGAUGUGAGGAAACAGUGGGAACAAUGUUAUCAUCCUUACUUGUUCUUCAAUGAAGAUGGUAUGAGCAUCACAUUUGUUGGUUUUAAUGUCUCUCAUAAUGGUGAUAUCUACGAUCCUUUGAAGAAUACUGUUAUAGAGGCAGGAGUUAUGACACCACAGUUGCACACUGGCCUUAGAGCUAAUAUGGUUAACCUAUCAGAGAACUAUCAGUCCUGGGGUAAAGAUGUCAUGAUAGCAAAGAUUGGAAUGGUAAUGGGUCUUGAAUGGAGCUGUGAUCCAGACCCUACUUAUGUACUGACAGUUGAUAAUGUCAUCAAAAUAAUGGCAAUACAUAUGAGAUUGAGGUGUAAUAUACCAGUCAUUCUAAUGGGAGAGACUGGUUGUGGUAAGACAAGGCUAAUUCGGUUUAUGUGUGACCUUGCUGCCCAAGGCUGUAAACAAGGCGGACAGCAUGUGAACAACAUGCUCAUUAUGAAAAUUCAUGGUGGUACCACUGAGAGUGAUGUUGUAAGGAAGGUCAAAGAAGCUGAGAGUAUUGCAGUUCAGAAUAGAGCCCUUUAUGGCAUCAAUACUGUAUUGUUCUUUGAUGAAGCUAAUACAAGUGAUGCCAUUGGAUUGAUUAAGGAAGUGAUGUGUGAUCGUCGUAUUAAUGGGAGACAAAUUAAAGGAGAUGUAAAGUUUAUUGCUGCUUGUAAUCCUUAUAAAAGGCACUCUGAUGAGAUGAUAAAUAAACUUAAAUCAGCUGGUCUAGGAUUCUUUGUAGAAGUCACGCAACAAAAACUUGGUAAGAUUCCAUUACGAGAGUUAGUUUAUAGAGUAUUGGACUUACCUCCAAGCAUGAGGCCACUGGUAUAUGACUUUGGACAACUAAGUAAUGACACUGAGAAAGAGUAUACUGCACAAAUAGUGAAGGACAGAUGCCAGAGGAUACCAGGAGUGAUGAAUGAAGCUAAUGUCAUCCAAUCUGUAGCUAAUGUAUUGGCAUGGUCUCAGGCAUACAUGAGGAAAAUGAAUGAUGAGUGUGGCUUUGUUAGCUUGAGGGAUGUUGAGAGGGCAAUGAUUGUGUUUGAUUACUUUUGUUCGAAGGAUCAGUUUCACAGGAGAGUUUGUCAAAAAGCAAAUAAAGAAGGGGAGGUUCCUGUUAAUGAAAUAACUCGUUCACUAAUAUUGUCAGUUAGUGUGUGCUAUCAUGCCAGACUUUAUAAAAGAGAUCGAUAUGAACGUCAUGUAGUGAAACAGUUUGUACCUCCACUAGCAGUUAAUGGGACAGUGCAAUUUCUUAAUGAGAUCAGAUGGUGUCAGGAUGUCCUUCUUGAUAACAUGAAACUUGGUCCUAAUAUUGCAAGAAAUGCUGCACUGAGGGAGAAUGUGUUUAUGAUGGCAAUAUGUAUUGAAUUAAGGAUACCUUUGUUUCUUGUUGGUAAACCAGGCAGUUCUAAAUCACUAGCCAAAUCCAUUGUUGCUGAUUCAAUGCUUGGACGAUCUUCAGAAAGUGAUCUCAUGAGGGAAUUUAAAGAAGUUCACAUGUUCUCCUAUCAAUGCAGUCAGUUAUCAACUCCAGAGAGUGUCAUUGAAGUAUUCAAUACUGCCAAGAGUUUCCAGAAGAAGCAAGAUGUGACUAACUAUGUAUCAGUUGUUGUAUUGGAUGAGGUUGGAUUAGCUGAGGAUUCUCCUAAUCUUCCAUUAAAGGCUCUUCAUCCACUACUGGAGGAUGGAACAGAGGGAGCUGAUGACUCUGAACAGUUUGUAGAUCGUGAGCAACGUGUUGCAUUUAUUGGUAUAUCAAACUGGGCAUUGGAUCCUGCUAAGAUGAACAGAGGAGUUAUGGUAACUAGAGGAGACCCUGAUAUAGAAGAGCUGAUUAUGUCUGCAAGAGGAAUAUGUUCUAAUGAUAAAGAUGAUCCUGUGAAAGACAAAUUGAAAGUUUGUUUCAAGCCUUUAGCAUCUGCUUAUAAGGAAAUCUGUGAAGAGCAAAAACGAUGCCAGAGACCAUUCUUUGGACUUAGAGAUUUCUACAGUUUAAUUAAAAUGCUGUACUGGAUGUGCAAGAAGAGUGGGAUGCAGUUGACUGGUCCUCAGUUGCAGCAUGCCAUAAAGCGUAAUUUUGGUGGACUUGAUCUUGAAGACAUUGACACUUAUUCAAUAUUUAAAUCUCAUCUCAAGAACCUUGAACAUGAACCUGACCUCAGUCUUGUGACAGAUAAAUUGCUACGUGAUCUACUGUCACCUGACUGCUCUCCUUUGGGAUUGAUCAGGAAAAGUUUGCAAACUAAAGAAACAUCUUGGCAUGGGGAGAAUCGUUACCUGUUAUUUUUGACUGAGAAUUAUGCAGCGUUGCAUGUCAUUAGACAUUAUCUUAAUGAAGAAGUUGGACUAAGACAUGUUCAGAGACAAGAUACUAGCAAGACACAAGAAAAAACUAGUGAUGUUAAUCAGAGGAUGGAGCCUUUUGUACUGUUUGGGAGCUCAUUCCCUAAAGACAGAGAGUACACUCAAGUGUGUCGUAACAUUAAUCAGAUUAAAAUAUGUAUGGAAACUGGUCGUACUGUCAUCCUCCUUAACCUUGAGAACCUGUAUGAGAGCUUGUAUGAUCUACUGAACCAGUAUUAUAUUCACCUUGGAGGCCAAAGAUAUGUUGAUCUGGGACUACAAACACAUAGAGUCAAGUGUCGUGUUCAUAAGAACUUUAAGCUUAUCCUAAUUGCAGAGAAGGCUACAGUUUAUAAAAAGUUUCCUACUCCACUUAUCAAUAGACUUGAGAAGCACUUUGUAUUAUCUGAGACUGUUUUAUUAGACUGGCAGAAAGAUGUCCUUGCUAACCUGUGCAAAUGGAUAGAAGAAUUCAGUGAUAUUAGCAUAGAAUCAAAGUUCUCUAAACAAGAUGCCUUCGUAGGCUAUCAGAAUGACACUCCAGCCUCAGUUGUAUUUCAAGCUACUGAACAGCUAACAGAAGAAUGGGGUUGGCCUAAUGAUGAUCAUGAUAGUCAUGUAUGGAAAAAGGCUGUGCUUGCACGCAGCAAAAAGCUUCUCUUAAUGAUGUCUCCUCCUGAUGCUCUCAUUAGACUCAAGUACACUCCUUUGAAUGAGAAGAGAGAGAAACUGAAUCGGAUUUAUUACUUUGAGCAACACCAUAGUUCUCUUGUGGAGUUUAUUCAUCAUCAUCUUCAAAGCAAUACCUCUUUUGGUGUAUUGAUACAGGUCACUACUCAUAGUCAUCUACUCUCUAGUGUAGAAGCUGAUGAACUCUCAAAUUGUCUUCAAAUUGAUCAUUCAAACAUCUUUUUACUUCAAGAGUUUGAUACGGAAAUGGACUUCAGUCACAAAAUCAACCCUUCCUUCUCUAAUCAAGAAGACUCCCUGUUGAUUAUUCAGUGUGAUUCUGGUCACUUGUACAGUGACUUAUUAGCUUGUGCCAGGUAUCGUAUUGAUGAUGAGAGAGAAAAGAAGCGAUUAAGAACCAGCAGUGGCCACACUCAUGUUCUCUUUAUUAUAAACCUUCCACGUCAGACUAAUACUAACAGUUCAUUUGUUGGGUUUCAAGGAGGUUCUUGGAUAUCAGCUCACGUUGAUGAUAUUAGGGCUCCAUCGGAAUCAGCUCUAACACUGAAUGAUGCUCAUAGUGUCCCUAUCAGUGCUCUAUUCUAUAGUGGAGUGUUUACCAGUCGUCAUGAAGCUAUGGAAACCAAUGAACAUGAGAAUCAGGGACCUUCUAUUGAAGGAUCAACCACUGAGGCUAAUGGAUUGGAUACGGAUAAAGAAGAGGAUAUGAUAGUGGAAGAAGACGGUAAUCAGGAAUCACGCUUUGAAGAUGAAGGUGAUCAAGAUAUGUCAGACGUCAACACUGUGCUGUAUGAUGUUGAUCCUGGUUUUGAGGAAUAUGAUUUAGAGGAAUUGCCUGUAGACAAUGAAAGAGAUGAAAUGGAUGAUGAUUUAAGGGAGCAAAUUCAUUCAUGUACAAUGUCUCCAGAUACUAACAACAAAGACCACAGUCAGUGUUCCAGACUAUACAAUAAUAUACAAGCAGCAGUAGCAAUUUUGGCAGAAUCAGGAGCAAAAAGACAGUUCUCAUUUGUAUUGAGGGUACAAAUAUUACUAAAACUUAUCCCACGGAAUCCCAAAUUCCCUAUAGCUGAUGAUACAUUUUAUGGCGGAUUGGUAAAACAUAUUAAGAAGUUACUGGAAGAAGGAGAGGAACAUCUAUUGAACAAGGAGUGGGUACUAAAUGAAGCAAUGAGUGGCAAAAAGUUGCAAAGUGGAGGAACCUUCCAGAAUGUUCUAACAAGAAAACUUGAUGAAGUUAUUGUACCAAUAUUUACAGCAAUCCUCUCAUUUAUUGAUCAAUAUUCUAACCUGAGCCUCAUUUAUGAAUCAAGUGAAUAUGUGAAGAAGUUAUGGCUCCUAAUAUUUUCUAAUGAGGGAUUAGUUCAGUUCAGCUAUCAGAACUUUAUGAUGGGGAAAGGCAUUGAUGCUGGCUAUAAGAAAGGACAAGCUUUAGCUUCUGAUGAUGAGUUUUCUUGUCAGUUUCCAUUCUUCUGGUUAGUAAAAGAAUGUAUUGAAACAACUUGGGAAGCCUUUAAAAGUUCUUCAGGUGAACACAGACAAGAGCUUCACUCUCGACUUAUAGAAGUACUGUCCAAUAAUCCAUUAGCUAGUGUAUUGCAGAUAAUGCCUGAAGAACAAUGGAAUACUUUGUAUCAAUAUUAUAUGUUAGAUGUACUGAAGAGUAUGCAUCAUGUGCCUCAUCAUAGAGCCACUGAUGAAUAUGAAAUACUUAGAAAAUCACUGAAUGCAAUUGUUACUGGUCCUGAUUUCUCUCCUCAUAAUUCACUACUCUCCCUGCUAUUGGCAGUGCAUGUUGUGUAUCAUGAAUAUGAACAAGAAAUAAUGUGGUUUGGGCAGCUUACAUCACAUAUACCUGGAAUACUAAUACUAUUACUUCAAGAUGAAGACUAUAACUGUCACGAUUUUGAUUUGCCUUUGCUUACAGUGAUGUUAUUUAUAGGUCCUGAUAACCUUGCCUUACCACUGGUACCUCAUCAAAGAAAGAAUAUUCCUGAAAGAUUGGUCAAGCUCCAAUUGUGUCAGAAUUCAAUUGAUACCAUAUUGACUCUUGGAUCAACCCGGGCUUCACUUAGUGACCUUACACAUAAAAUCAGAUUAAAUUGGCAGAUUGUGAAAGCUAUUCAACUUUUUAUUGAACACGUUGCCAUAAAGUGUUCACUUAAUGAUGAAAAAUUUAAUAUUUUUGUCCAGUAUGCCAAAAGGAUUGAUAUAAUUUUGAAGUCAAGUGAUUUGCCAUCAGAUUUUACGAAAAGAGAAACUAUUUUGAAGGUUCAAAGAGUGUUGAGAGUCUUAGACAAAGACGUUGAAAAGAAGCUGAAAUAUGCUACCAAUAUGCAGAAGAAAGUUCGCGAAUGCUGUGAGUCUUAUUUCAUGGAAGUUGUCUCCUCUUUGUGUUUUGGUCAACUGAAUCCUCCAGAGCCUGACCUCAUUAAGGAAUUGUUGAAUGUUGUGUUCACUGAUCAGCAAAAGACUAGAGAAUUCACUUACUCUGAAAGACAAAGAAACGAUAGCGUUCCUGUGAUACGAUCAUUUCUACUUCAGCUACUAUUAGAAUACAACACUGAUCAAGUUAAAGAGCAUCUAAUUGAUUAUUUUUCAAGAGCAAAGCAGCUGAUUAGAAACGAUCGUGGUCUGUGUUUAUUAUGCGUCCAGUGUCUAGAGGAUGCUAUUUAUAAGCAACACCAUCACUUACCCCCACAAGCAAAGACUGAAAAAAUCCUUCAGCUACUUGAAAAGGGCCAGGACCUAGUUAAGCUUGUUGGUACUGUUUCAUCACUUGGAGAAAAUAUGAGCAUGUAUUAUCUUGAAGGAGUCUCGAUUUUGAGAUAUUCAAUGACUGUCAUAGCUGAGAUUAUGUUUACUAAUGACAAGAAGAUUUACACACACCAUCAGUUACAGUUUCUUAUGGACAUGACCAAGAAGUGUUGCUGUGAUCCUAAUAUCAAUGAUAAUGAGGCAGGGCCUGGUGUAUUUCUUAUGAAACAAAUAGCACGACAAUAUGGUGUGAGUUUUCUUAGCAGUCUUACUUCUGAUCCCAGUAUGCAGUGGAUUGUACCUGAAAAUCUCCGACUGUCAAAAGAAGAGGCAUCACAAGUAGUUCAUGAUCCAUUUGUCAUAUAUAAGAGCUAUGGUAAUAUAAAAACUGUUUUAACUGAUGCUGUGUAUAGCGAAGAUUUAAAACAAUUUAACUCGAUUGUUGAGAAUGUUCCUGCUGCUGAUGUUGUUCCAUUACUGGUUGGAGUUUAUCAAGUGGUUACUGGAAGUGUGGUGUUAACAUAUGAUGCUAAGAGAAUUACUGAUGAAACUAAAGCUCAAAUAUUAACUACUAUUAGACAAUGUGACUCACUAAAAAGAGAAUUGAAAUGGUUUGCUCAGCAUCUUAUUCAAGAUACUUAUUAUGGUAUACUGGAGCCUAUGAUGCUGAGAUCAGGAAUGAGCUCUCGGGAUAGACUGCUGACUGAUCUUAUAGUGCAUGUUGCAGUCUCAGUGCAACAUUGUUCUAACAAAUUACUUACUCCAUUUGUUCAAAUGAUUAAUUCUCCGGAGAAACUCAAGAAUUCAUAUUUACCAACUAUGCCUGAGGACUCACUUCCUAUAGUCAGAAAUGCUGUUGGUCGUGGACAAUUUUAUGAGUGCCUAAAAGGUCAUCUUUACUUUGUAUCUGAGUGUGGCAGGCCAGUACAAGAGUAUACUUGUCCUGUAUGUCAUUGUAAAAUUGGAGGCUUAAAAUACAAACUAGAAGUGGCUAACAAAGCUGCUAGAACUACUGAUAUUACUGAGACUGGUUAUGCUCUUGGUCUACCAAAUCAAAGGGAGACUGUCUUGUUAACUGAAAGAUCACUCACUCCUUCAUCCUGUGCUGUCAUUAGAGCACUGAUGCAUUGUUCAUUACUGUGGAGUUCCUGUACUAAUGAGCAUGCAACUGAGGGUCUCUUGGAUCUUAUUAAGUCUAAAGUUAGACCAGCUGAGCUGUCACUUUUCUUCUGGCAACAUUUACAACAUGAUAUUAAUUUAUUGAGUAAAGCUAUUGGAAAGAGUGUGGACGAUGCUUUUUUAUUCAUGCACUUGAUACUUCAGAGUAUUUCAACCAUUAACAAGCCAUCUAAUAAUGUGAAACUUGACCAGAAGGAGCUCAGAGAUAAAUGGGAGAAAGAUUUCUCUGAAACAUUCAUUAACCCUAUAUUAACUAACAUAGGCACUAAACUGAAUGAAGCAACUGUAUUGCAGUUAAAUGAAGGGAAGGAAGAUCUUAACCGACUAUUUUUUGUUAUUCAUGAGAGAGUGAAUGUACCUCCUACUGCUGUUACUCCUCACUUGUGGAGUUAUCACUCACGCAUUACAUUAGAGCACUUAUCUCAAGUUGUUUCAACACAGAAGGAAACAUGUCCUAUAUUACAUGAAUUUCUAAAAAAGGAGCCAUUACUGAGAGCUACACAGUAUCUUUCAGCAAUCGUCAAACUCCAGCAGACAAUGUAUCACUUAAGCCACAGGAAACUUGACAAGAAAGAAGUAGCUCAAAUUUCAAUUGGGACUUAUAUGAACACUUCGAUGCUACAAAAAGACCUUCACUAUGAAAUGAAGAGAGAUCAGCUUUAUGAGAAACUGAAAUGUUUAAGGAAAGCUUGGGCACUUGUCAAAGAAAGGCUAAAAGAUCAUACUCGUGUUCCAGUUGAUUCUGAUUUUCUAAAAACAGUAACAUGGGAUGAUGAUACUCCACUCUCUUAUCUCAUACCCACACUAAAAGGAGACGGAGUUUGUACUGUUGCUUUAGUUGAUCUAUUAGUUGGACUACAUAAUGAUUUUAUCAAUAUGUGUUAUGAACAUAUCAAGACUGUACAAAAGAAAAUUACACCACAGCUCAAAAUUCCUGUCAGUCAGAUCCAGUCAUGUCAUUUACUCAGCUAUGAAGAGGAAAUACUCUCACUAGUCAUUUCACACAGUCGUUAUUCACUGGAGCAUGGAAAAGGACAAAAUAUUAAUUAUGAUCUUCCUGGAAUAGAGAGACACCUUUUAGAUAGAUUUGUACUUGGAAAACCAAUCAUACAACUUGAGAUACCACAAGUAGUAUACAGGAAAGAUGUAUACACUGCCGAGGCUUUUGCUAACAUUAGAAGGAACGUAUACCCACAGAUGCAAUUGAGUACGAAACAGCAAACUGAUAUUAUAAGUGAAUUAGGGAGUAUGCAGCGUAUGAGAGAGUGUCUUGAUGUAGUUGAGAUUGUAAUUGGUUUUCUCUCCUCCGGCAAAAACAAUGCUAAUAUGGAACUGAAGACAUAUGUGAAGAGAGUUUUAAGAAUGGAAGAUAGAUUUGUAAGCAAGAAGGUGAUGGAGUUUUGUACAUUAUCUCAUAUUUUGUCACUGUGGGUGACUCUCUCAGUACAAAUUGGAAGGAAUUUGACUAUACUGGGAGAAGAGCCAUUUGAUUCAUUUUCAAAAGAUUUACUGAAAUGUCUUCAAGAAGACCAAAAGAAGGACUUGAUGGUGUACUUGAAAUCAAUAGAUAUUCCUCCAUUCCUUAAUCUCUUGUAUGAGUUCAUUGAAACAACUGCACAGCUCUCUGAAUCACAUAACAUUCAACUAGGCUGGUCUUUAAGAGAUACAAUUUAUCCACACCUGCAAAACUAUCAUCUAGCAGACACAUUACCUCAUCAUUUUAGCGACAGGUUUCCAGAAGAAAUCACUGUAGAGCAAUCUAUAGACACAUGGAAAAAUAUUGUAUUGUAUUUAGAAAAACAUGAACGAGAAAUUAUUAAGUAGAUCUCAUAUUAAACAAUAUUUUGCAACCCUUGUUACAGAUGUUACUAAUUGCUUCAUUGCUUUUAUCAAUCUUACCAGCAUUAAUUUUUGUAA